AGUCCUCUCAGGGUGGUCACAUGACACGUUUCCAAAACGGGUUGGCGUAUCCAGUGAUUUUGACGCCAACUCUUGAGCUCAUGCUUCUUUGACGACGACCGACGAAACGUGAACGGCGGGUUGGUGUUCUUUCUGGGGCUUCUUCGAUUCCAAUUGCAGACCAUCUUGAUCCUGCGCUCCAUUUUCUUCCAAGGAUCAACCACUACAACCACCUCCAACAAUGUCUUUCUUCCGCAUCACCCUCCAUCGCUCCGCCAUCGGUCUCCCUGAGCGCACAAGAGGUGUCCUCGCCGCUCUAGGCCUGCGCCGUCGUAUGCAGACCGUCUUUCAUCCCGUUCACCCACAGUUCGCUGGUAUGAUCCUCAAGGUGAAGGAGCUGGUUCGUGUUGAGGAGGUGGAUCGCGCACUGAGCAAAAGAGAAGUAAAGGCUGCGCGGACCCCGGACCCCGGAUUUUACGUUGAAAAGGCUGUGCCAAGAAUGUAAAAAUAUGUGAUGAUACCAAGAAAGAGAAAUGGGAGUGUACUAUACUGUAAUGAUCCUUGUACAAAAGCUGGUGCAAGAUAGGACGAAACUCUAGAGGUGCGAUCAAGACAUAUCACGUUUUAAUUCACAAAUCACUUGAAUGGAGAAAUGAAAUACAGGAAUUUCGCAUUGAGACCCUAAACACCCAUAACACGGUACUCAUUACAGAUGUAUCACG